AUGUCCGCUUUGGCUCAAGAAUGUGAUCUAGGAAUUCUUUCUUACCACACCUUACCACCUACCCAUAUUUUCCCAGCAUUUCUCGAGCGUAAAGCUUCAUCAUUCAGGAAGCAUACGAAUGGACAGAGCUUGUUACAGGCAGUAAGUCCCGGAGUCCAUGCAAGACCUUUGCUCGUGCUUGUCAACCCAAAGAGCGGUGGAAAGCAGGGAAUCAGGAUUCUCCAGAAAUUUGCCUACAUUUUGAAUCCCAGACAGGUCUAUGAUCUCUCGAAGACCGGACCAGAACCUGGGUAA